AUGGCAGAGCCUACAAAGCGACGUCUAUCCGAUACCGACAGGAGGGCAGAGGAAUGCAUGGCAAUGAUCGACGCAGAUUUCGAUAGAUUUUGUCGAAAGUAUGACUUCGAUCCAUCAAAUAUUGAGAAUUCGGCGUCGGGUAAGUAUAAGUGGCAGCUAGUGACCGAGAAUGUUCCCUCUUUCUACACUGCGCCUCCCCGUCGCAAGCCAUACUUCCAAUCCCAGAUAAAGCGGAAGAGAGUGGAGUGUAGUGAGGAGGAAGAAGAAGACAAGCAUGAAGUGGAGGAAAAGGCCCACGAAUCACCAGUCAAAUCCACCAACUCAAGGCGUCGUCGUUCAGCUGCUGCUGCUGCUGCUGCGGAUGAGCCGAUUGUGCCCGUUCAGAUCGGCUCAUCACUUCGAUUCGUGUAG